AGAAGGAAAGAGGAAAAUAAAGAGGAAAGAGAGAGAGAGAGAGAGAGAGGGGGAGACGAAGAUCAGGAGAGGAGUCCCAUACAAGCUGCCGCCACCACCCCGGCGCCCUCCUCCUCCCUCUAUUUCUUCCGCCCUCACGCCGCCGCCUCCCCUCCCCACCCUGCCCCGCUUCGCCACUCGCGCCCCAGAGGCUGGGAACUUCAAAGGGGCACAGGGUCCAUGGAGGGUGGAGACGCAAGAAAUGGUUUGACUGGGACAGCGCAGACAAAGGGAAGUGGGGGUGAUGGCUCCCUGAAGCCGCUACCCCCUUGCUGCGUCAAGGCGAGGGCCGCAGCGCCUGAGUCUGAGGCCAAGUGCCAUGCUACAGUGGUGUCGGGCUGGUUCACCGAACCCCGCUCUCGAUGUGGUAAAGCGAGCAAAGUCCAGUAUUACAAUAACCCGAUGUGGCCAGGUGAGGCUCAUUCUUUGAAAGUGGAGAAGAUCUUGUACCAGGGGAAGUCACCAUACCAAGAAGUCUUAAUUUUUGAGUCUUCAACCUAUGGGAAAGUCCUUGUGCUUGAUGGUAUUGUCCAGUUGACUGAUAAGGAUGAAUGUGCGUAUCAAGAAAUGAUUACUCACCUCCCACUUUGUUCAAUUCCAUCCCCUAAAAAAGUUUUGGUUAUUGGUGGUGGUGAUGGAGGUGUACUCCGAGAGAUUUGCAGACACAGUUCAGUGGAGUCGAUUGACAUAUGUGAAAUUGAUCAGCUGGUUAUUGAUGUUUGUAAAGAUUUCUUCCCACAAUUGUCUGUUGGAUUUGAAGAUCCUAGUGUUCGACUUCAUGUUGGUGAUGGCGUGGAGUUCUUGAGAAAUGCUCCUGAAGGGACAUAUGAUGUUAUCAUAGUUGAUUCAUCAGACCCAAUAGGGCCUGCUCAAGAACUUGUGGAGAAGCCCUUUUUUGAGACAAUUGCUAGAGCUUUGAAGCCUGGUGGAGUUCUUUGUAAUCAAGCUGAGAGUAUGUGGUUGCAUACACAUUUGAUCCAGGAUAUGCUUUCAAUCUGCCGCGAGACUUUCAAGGGUUCUGUCCACUAUGCAUGGACUAGUGUCCCAACAUACCCAAGUGGUGUGAUUGGGUUCUUGCUAUGUGCCAAAGAAGGUCCACCGGUCAACUUCCUGACUCCUAUAAAUCCAAUUGAAAAACUGAAAGGAGCUACAAAAGCUGGAAGGGAGAUUAGAUUUUAUAAUUCAGAGAUGCAUAGGGCAGCAUUUGUUCUUCCGACCUUUGCAAAGAGAGAGCUAGAAGCAUAUUGUGGUUCCACUGCAAGAGAACAGCCAGGGGAAACAGCGGCAACACCACCGAAGCUGACUGUUGCGCCAAACAGUGAAAUUCUUACUGCAUCCUAGACCAGGGUUCGUGUGGUGACCCAUUUCGGGUUAUCAAGAAACUAUUCCCUCCCUCAGUAUCCUCAUUGGAUAGCUACUUAUGUACUAUCACAUAUACAUCCGUGGCAUCGAGUUGCGAGCUGCAUUGCGAUGGACACAUUACGAGGCAUAAGUUAAUAAUCCCUGAUCUGAACAGUGAAAUGAGGUCCAAAAGCAGACCGAGCAAUGUAUGAUAUGAGCCUGAUUUGAUGCAUUUCACAUUGAAUUUAUCAUAUAUAUUUUUUGGCUGUGUUGAUA